AUGACUUCUUACCGGAGUUCUCAAAGUGCUGCAUACCCCAAGAAACGGCCAUCACCUUCAGGUAUAUCAAAGCAUCACAAGAUGACCACUCUUGGUCCUCCUGUAAUCUGCCAAACCCCUUGUUCUGUAAAGGCAGCACUGUUGCAACAGCAAGGCAUUUUCCUGGAGGAGGAAUACCGGGAAGACAUUCGUUUCUACAUGCAUGAGAUGGAGCGAUAUACCAUGUCAUCCUUACAGUCGAUGGAUCAGCAACCCAAGAUCCGAUGGCACAUGCGCCCAUGUCUCGUCGAUUUUCUCAUUGAGAUUUACUUCACCUUCCAACUCCAACAUGAGAUGUUAUAUCUCACUCUCAAUAUUGUGGACCAUUAUCACUAUCAGCUCGUAGGCUGCAUGGCACUGUGGAUUGCUGCCAAGUUCGAGGAUGCAAAGGAAUGCGUUCCGACAGUCCAAGAGCUUGCACAGAUCUGUCAUGACACAUAUGAUGAGUCUGCCUUCAUUCAGAUGGAAGGCCAUGUACUCCAGACCAUUCAGUGGACACUAGGCCAUCCGACUGCAGAAGCAUGGCUCAGACUCAUGUGCUGUGAGCCAUCUGUGGAGGAAGAAAAGGUCCAGCAUGUUGCCCGUUUCCUGAUGGAAAUUACUCUGUUUCACCGAGAGUUCAUUAGAUAUCCUCCCUCUCCGAUAGCACUUGGUGCACUCAUGCUAGCUCUCUUCCUAUGUGGCAAACCAUGCCACAUCUUUGAGGAAAUGGAAGAAUGUUUGGAAAUCAUUGAUUGUGUCAAUAAUCGCUUGGCUAAGCUUUACACCUAUGCCUUCUACUCCAAGGCGCCAACAUUUGUUGUCCAGUACUACCUCCAGGGUGGGCGGUUCAUCCGGUGGUCCUUCAUUACUCUUCUGAUGAUGCCCACUCCCCCAUCAAUUCCCUCAUCGCUCUCCCCCGAACCCUUCUCAAACUCCUUCCUAUCAGAAGACGAUAAGGAAUUUUUUCCAACAAUGUUUGAGCUUGUCAUCAAUAAACAGUGCACGGAGGUCCCACCCGACCAUCUUCUGCCUCAUGACUUCAUUACUUUUGGCCAUCCAGCCUUGCACCACUUGAAUGGCUCACCAUGA